AUGACAAUAAAGUCUCAAAAUAUUAAUUUUAUACCAAUUAAGUCCCAACAAAUUCUAAAAGGCCAAUCAAGUCCCAAGGUCCUUAAGUGGUAUUUUGAUGUCACAGGAAAAGACCGAAACACCCUUCUUCAAGUAAAAGCUCGUUUUCUUCUCUGCCCGAACGAGUCUCUGUGCGACGCGAAGCUCUAUUCUCUGGGUCUGCACUCUUUGAUCCAUACGGUGAACGAGGGCUUGGUUGGGCCAGGGGAGAGUGAUUUUUCUGGGGGCAGCACACGUAGCCGGCAACUGAGAGUUGAACACUUGAAGGAGAAGAGGGAAACGUUGGUGGCAGUGACAGAGAAACAGGUUAAGCUGGAAAAAGAAAGCAUCCAUGGUAUUCUUUACGGUGGUCAGGCUAAUGAAGUGUCUGAAGUUUUACCUCUACUUGCAACGAUAACUCACCCGGGUGUGAGGGAGAUAUAUGAAGACUUUUUGCAAUAUGCUAAUACAUUUGCAAGUAAAGUGCUGAAGUUGCAACAAAGUCUUAACCAGCUUCAAAUAUCUAAUAGUAAAGCUAUCAUGCGGGUUGGCGAACCAAGCGAAGAAGAAGUAGAGGAAGAGGACUAUGGAGAUAAAAAUAAAGCUGAAGAAGAUGAUGAAGAUGGAGACAAGGGUGAAGAUGAAGCUAAAGAUGCACAUGAAGCUGGGGAUGAAGAUGGGGAUGAGGAUGAGGAUGACGAUGGACAUGAAACUGCAGCUGGAGCUGGAUCUAAAGAAGAUGAAGAUGAAGGCUCCAAUAGUAAGGAAGAAAGUGAUGAAAGAUAA